CAUAUUUUGCUGUUUAUUUUAUUUUAGAUGAUAAGGUUAGCAGUAAAAUGUUCAUCUUUUUGUAGUUUUUGUGUAGACGAUCUAAAAUUGUUACUUGAAUUCAACCUGUUUGCGUUAUUUAAUCAAGUUUUAUGUCCUGAAAUGUCUUCCCAAAAUGUAAAAUAUAUUCCCAAAGACGCCCAAGUUAUUAUGGCUAUACUGAAAGAAUUAGGUAUCAACGAUUUCGAUCCAAGAGUUAUCAAUCAGUUACUCGAAUUUAUAUAUUGGCACACUACUAUUAUUCUCGACGACGCUAGAGUGUUUGCAAAUCAUGCCAAAAAGAAAACUAUAGACGUAGAUGAUGUAAAGCUAGCAAUCCAAAUGCACGCAGAACAAAUGACAUCUGCUGGUCCUCCCAGAGAUGUAUUAUUAGAACUGGCUAGAAGCAAAAAUUCAACGUCGCUACCUCCAAUAAAACCGCAGUCAGGAAUCAGAUUACCGCCAGAUCGCUACUGUUUAUCACAGCCUAAUUAUAAAUUGAAGCCGAAUUUGAAUAAUACCAAAAAAGUGAUCAAUAGUACAGCUACAACCAAUGGAACUACUCAUGAAAUUAAAUUCAGUACGACUCCUGUGUUAAAGCAGAUGCCUAUGAUACCUCGAAAUGAUCCAUCAUCGCCAAACUUCAUGUCGAAAGAUAUCAGCUCUGAUUCGCAUUCAGCAACGGAUAUCUUGAUGACAAGAGCAUCUGUUAAUUCUUCCAAUCAAAUAUCAGAGAUUAAAACGGAAACUGACAUUGAUUUAAUGGAAAUAGAUGCAAUCACCGACCAUAUUUAAAAAUACGUGUACUAAAUUUUAUCGAGAUGUCUAUAAAUAAGUUGUUGAAGUAGAUGAAUUCAAUGAAGAUUUAAAUACGGUAUUUUUGUAUGUACAUUUUUGCUUUGAUAUGCAUGUAUUUCAUAUCGAUGGCAUUUAUAGGUUUAAAAUAGCGCCAGUAUAUUGCAAUUCUUUGAUUUUUACGUGUGUAAUUUUUGUACUUCAACUGUCGUUGUUUUGUUUGUCAUUGUAUUUAAAUAUAAGAAAGUGAUAAUA